AUGUCUUGUAUCACACUUCCUCUCAUAUUGAGCCCAACCAUGGCCGGAGAUUCAAGGAUCUUCAUGAAUCAAGAUAUGGAAAUUGGCGUCACCCCCAGAGAGCAAAAGAAGAUUCCCAAACAAGCCCGGGAUGAUGUCCCAAUUGCCACAGAUCGAACGCGUCUUUUGGUAGCUGAAAACAAGAAACCACGCCAGAGGUACAUGGAAAAAACGGGCAAGUGCAACGUUCAUCAUGGAAACGUCCAGGAAACCUACCGAUAUCUCAGUGAUCUUUUUACCACUUUGGUGGAUCUCAAGUGGCGCUUUAACCUGCUUGUGUUUACCAUGGUUUACACCAUCACUUGGUUGUUUUUUGGUUUCAUUUGGUGGCUCAUCGCCUACAUCCGGGGAGAUUUAGACCAUGCGGAAGAUGAAGACUGGAUCCCUUGUGUUGACAACCUCAGUGGGUUUGUCUCUGCCUUUCUGUUUUCCAUUGAGACAGAGACCACCAUUGGUUAUGGCCAUAGGGUGAUCACUGAGAAAUGUCCUGAGGGCAUCAUAUUGCUUUUGGUCCAAGCAAUCCUGGGCUCCAUAGUCAAUGCUUUCAUGGUGGGGUGCAUGUUUGUGAAGAUCAGUCAACCAAAGAAGAGGGCAGAGACUCUCAUGUUCUCCUACAAUGCUGUGAUUUCAAUCCGGGAUGAGAAAUUGUGUCUCAUGUUUCGGGUUGGAGAUCUAAGGAAUUCCCACAUUGUAGAAGCAUCUAUUCGAGCCAAGAUGAUUAAAUCCAAACAGACCAAAGAAGGGGAAUUCAUCCCCUUGAACCAAACGGACAUCAAUGUGGGAUUUGACACAGGGGAUGACAGGCUGUUUUUGGUAUCCCCACUCAUCAUUUCGCAUGAAAUCAAUGAGAAGAGUCCCUUUUGGGAGAUGUCACGUGCCCGGCUGGAGAAGGAAGAGUUUGAAAUUGUCGUCAUUUUAGAAGGGAUGGUGGAAGCAACAGGAAUGACUUGCCAGGCUCGCAGUUCCUACAUGGACACAGAAGUGCUUUGGGGGCAUCGUUUCACCCCUGUCCUUACCUUAGAGAAGGACUUUUAUGAGGUUGACUACAACAGUUUUCAUAGUACCUAUGAAACCAAUACACCUUCUUGCUGUGCCAAAGAACUGGCUGAGUCUUUCAAGGAAGGACGGCUUCUCAGCCACCUAUCUACCAUGAACCUCCUGAACGGAGAGGAAACUGAGGAAGCAGAAGAGGAGAAAGAACAGCAGGAAGGGAUGGAGAAAGAUGACAACAGGAAUGAAGGCCUAGAGGCAAUUGAACUGAAUGGAAACAAUGGAACAGCAGGCGAGAUGAAGGAGAGCCUGUUUUUAAAACAUUGA